AUGUCGUUCCUACCUCGACUCCUUCGUCCGUUCACUUCUUCCAUCGCGGGACCCUCAAGGCUUCCUCUCAAAUUCUCUUCGAUACCUCCCUUAAACUCGAUUACGAGUUCAGCCUCGUUCUCAACAUCAUCACCUAACUUGGUGAAACAAAAGCUCAAGUCACAUUCUGGAUGCAAGAAGAGGUUCUUCGCUAAUGCCAAUGGAAUGGCUCAAACCGGAAAAGCACAUCUGAAUACCGCAUUUUCAACUGCCCGAAUAAAUAGAUUAGCUAAAUCAGUUUAUGUGACCAAGACACAGAACCGAAAACUCAAAAAGAUGUUACCGUACGCAUAG